AAAUAUCCACAGAGGAAUUGGAGAAGAGAUUUAUAGAAAAUGAGCUCAACCAUCAAGGACCGGAUCAUGGACAGCCUGGACAGUCUGGAUUCAGACAGGUUGAAGAAAUUCAAGGAGAAGCUCAUUGAUAUGGGAAAAGAUGGCCAGUUCCCUAGAGCAGAAGUCGAAAAAUAUGAUACGGUAGACCUGGCAACACGUCUGAUUGCUGUCUAUCAGGAACAUGGAGCAGUUGAAAACACAAUUAAAAUUCUGCGUAACAUUCACGAAAACAAAAUCGCUUCAGAUCUGGAAAACAGGAUGAAAGUUGAUGACUCUUCCGACGAGGACGAGGAAGAUGAUGAAGACGAGGAUGAGGAUGGUGAAUAUUUAACAUUUAUUUAACAUUUUCAAUAUUUCAGAAGAGCUGCCAUCUUGUCAGAACCUGCCAUCCUCUCAGAAUGUUUUGAAUUAAGAAAAUACAGAGAGAACAAAAUGAUUUUUGAUCUACUCCUUUAUUCCUAA